AUGACACCGCCGAUAGUGACAACUACUACUAUGACACCGCCGAUAGUGACAACUACAACAAUUCCUGGGACAACGACUACAAGCAUUAGCACGAGCACGACUACAACGACUACAAGCACGACGACAACUACAACGACAACAGUCGCGCCACCUGCAAACUGCUGUCCUGCGCUGAUGCAAACAUUGACAACAAGCGAGUUCCCUGACGGUCAAAUGACAUUCGUCUACAAUAACAAUGAAUGUCGAACGGCAGUCGUAGCGACGUGUUCGCAAACCGAUCCAGCGUUUGAUUUGUACGCUGCAAUUGUGGCUAACGGACAAUUUUUCUUGGACUAUGGUCCUAAUAAUAUCAGCUUCCCAGGCACAUGCAAUACGACACUUCAACAAUGGGAGAUGGGAACACCGCCACUUCUCAUCAAUACGCUAGAAUGUCGCCUUACAAAUCCUCCAUCAGGAUAG